UAGGAAGUGUGGUUGGAGUAUCAGGGGCCACCAGGGGCCCUCCUACUGUAGCUUUAAACAGGCGGUCUGCGCCUUUUAGGUGACGGGGGACUGUGUAACAUGAGUCGGGAUGAAAACUAUGCGCUGGGUCCGGCUGCCAGUGCAGAUGCUCUUCGCCAAAGAGAGAGAGAGGGGGUGCAUGAUGGAUCCUGUCCCGCUGCUGCUCAUCAUAGUCACAUCUUUGCCAUUUUGCUCGGCUGCCUACACCGGGCCCCUCCAACCGGAGAUAUCCAAUGGCACUUUCCAUCACUUCUUUGUCCCGGACGGGGAUUACGAGGAGACUGAAGACCCCGAGGACUGCCAAAUGCUGUUUAAAUUCUCGGAUGUGUAUCCAUGUGGGGCCUCUGAAGAGAGGGACUCCGUGGUGAGGGACGACUUCAUCAUCACCACGCUGCAAGCGGAGGACGCGGCUCGGCUGCUAGAGGGCAUCGGCCGGACUGUGGCGCAGGACCUGGACGGAGAGGACAGCUACGGAAAGUUCCUCCAGCGGGAGGUCUCCCAGAUCGGCGAAGCGUUUUCUAACGUGGACAAGUCUCUGCUGGAGCUGGAGGUGAAGUUUAAACAAAGUCAAGAAACUGAGCUAAGGGAGGAGCAACAGCUGAACGGCUAUGUAAUGAAGCAAGUGAGUGACAUCCGGGGAGCUCUGAGGGAAACUACAGACAUCUCUCUGGGACUGAAAAAUAAACACGAGCUGCUGUCUCUCAUCAUUCGCAGUCAUGGUACCAGACUGAACCGCCUGAAGACAGAGUAUCUUUAUGUUGGCUCAUAGUGUGGUUAUUGAAAGGUGUGUGUGUGUGUGUGUGUGUGUGUGUGUGCGCGCGUGUGUGUGCGUGUGUGUGUGUGUGUGUGUGUGACCCUCCAGUUCAACAAACAACUGGAAAGUUGUGGCUUAUGAAUUAAUAUCUCUGACGUUUGGCUAUCCCCAUUCUUUGAACAUGUCAUUAAAAGGAGCUUUAACACAAACAUCAAGACAUGCCAAAGUAAAUGUGAACAUAAAUUAUAUCUGCACAGAGCCCUCUGUGCCACCAGAGUAUGAAAAUAAAAGCCCUCCAAGUGGAUUUAUCGGCCUCUGAAUCAAUAUUAUACCUAUACAUUUUUGUCUGUAUGGUUUAAAUUAUGUUGUUUACAUAUGUAGGUUAUAACUGAUCAAAUAAAUGCUUAUUAUUCAUCUCAUAUCGUAAUUUCCCCUUUUACUUUUAAGCAAGACACUAUGUUUCAGUGUCUUUGACAAUUAAGAAUUUUGAUGUCAAAAGUAUUUCAUGUUGCAUCAUAUUCAUAAGUUUUCUCCUGCAUAUACACAAAAUGCCAUACGGUGAUGUAUUUAAAAAAAAAAACUCUCCAUCCUUUGAAGCUUGAGGUUUACUUUGAACAAGGUUUUCAGCUGUCAUGUCUUUACAUCACCAUGUUUGUUGUUGGCAGUACAAGUGCCAGUCUCGACUGUCCUGUCAAAGUGGCCCUGGGUAAUUGGCGUUUAAAAUCUGUCUUUGCCUCCCACUUCCAUCUGGUAGUCAUCUACUCGAAUAUGAAGCAUGUUUGUCGGAAGGCAGCCACUGUCUUCAUCAUCUGCUCUUUUGUCUGUCAUGAUCUGUAAAAUGUGUGGUUUAUAUGAAAUGUCAUUGUGUUGAAAAUCUGACUUUGGAUGAUGUCAUUUUGACUAAAAAUAGACUCAUAAAAGACAUACAGCUUGUUUAAAUCUCUAAAGAAAUAUUCUUUCUUGCUCUUCUGCUGUGUCAACGUACAAUAUCGUAUUUCAGACACGCUGUUUAUGGGAGGAAAGUUGUUUUGAAUUCUUGAGAGGCAUUAACUCUACCUCCUCCACAAUUUGCAGUGCAUUUAAUAUUUUGAAUGCCUUUGGUAGAAAUCUGUGUAUUUUCUCUCUUUAACUACUGUUUAAAAUGCUCUUGUUCCAGCCAGUCUGCAACAACCACAAAGUAACUGCCAUAAGCGUGCCCACUUUUUACAGAGAUCAUGUCUGUGCAGAUGUGAGGAAGCCAGAUGGGCUGCCAUGGGCGCAACUGGGUGUGAUUUCCUCUGUCUGGUUUUCCUCACAGUCCAGCUUCCCCUGAGGGACCCCUUUUUAAAACAGCUCUCUGUAGCUCAGCACAGUGCAAGCCAACCCCGUCAAAAUACCCAGAGCUGCAAGAUCUCCAUGUGCAGAGAAACCCUAUAUGUCUGUAUGGCUCUUAAUUUCCAGGGGCACUGCACAGGGCUCACAAAAUUUGAUUAAAAGAUUUGGUUAAAAUUUCCACUGUGAGUAAAAUUUAGAGCGGCUACCUAAACCUCUCAUAAACAACCCAGUCGCCUUACUUAAUAUGUCUUUUUUUUACUCAAAUCAAUCAUUUUAACCACAAACUUUAACCACAUCUUAUCAUGGUCCUCAUCAGCAGGUCAAAAUGUGGUAACUUAGCUUUUUCAGGAGCUUUCAAAUGCAUUUCAGCGCACUAAUUCCAUUACAACUGAGAAAACUCCCACUGACCGAAGUCCAUUCUCUGACGAGGACCGUGGGAUAUGGAUGAAAGCCUGCUGAAAAGGAGGAAGUGGACCUUGAGUUGAACUUAGUUUGUUAAACUGCUCUAUUCGCAGUCUAAUAUUUACUCAGACAGUGGUGGAGAAGUACUCCAAUUUUUUACUUAAUUAAAAGUCCUGCAUUCAAAAUUUUACUUAAGUAAAAGAACAUAAGUAUUAGCAUAAAAAUAUACUCAGAGUACCAAAA